AUGGCAGAGGAAGAUGAGGGAAUGGAAGCUUUCGAUUUUGAUGAGCGAGAUCUUGAAUUUGCAUUGAAUCCUGGUCGACGACAUUAUCAAACCAAGAAUCAGGCAACAUAUGGUAUAUGGGCGGAUCGAGAGAGUGAUGAGGAGGAAGCAUACGGGAGGCCUUCAUUUGGCAUGAGUUACGUAAUAAUUUUUAGGAAAAAGGCAAGGAAGGACUACUCAGCUCCAAUCAAUUUCAUAAGUGGAGGUAUAAAACAGGGAAGCAGUUUGGAUCCGUCAGAUAAGGUAGAACCAUUUGCAUUUGUUUCGCCUCAUUUACUUUUCCGUAAAAGGAAUAGCUCUAAGAUGGGUUUUCAGUUGAAAGAAAAUGUCAGAAAUGCUGAUGAUGCUCCCAUAGAAAUAAUUUCAAGAAAAGAGAGGCGGAAACAAAAGUCUGUCGGUGCCAAUGUUUUUGCUGGGAUUCGAACUUCCGCGGUGACUGGUGCGGUGGAUCCAAAUGCUCCUAGCGAUUGGACCAAAUUUGGGAAAGGCGAAGUGAUCAAAAAUAUGAUGAAGUCCAUGGGUUAUAAAGAAGGAGAAGGGCUUGGAGCGGCACGUCAAGGUAUUGUGGAACCUGUGCAAGCUACGGUGCGUAAAGGUCGUGGUGCAAUCGGUGCCUAUGGAAAGGAGGCUGUUGGACCAAAGUUUGGAGAAUCUGCCGCCGACGCUCAACGCCGCAUCAGUGAUCAAAAGCAGGAAUCGAAUGUUGAAGAAUUGUCAACGCCACAGCUAAAGAACGCUUGGAAAAAGGCUGCCAAGGUUAAAACUCGCUAUAAAACUAUAGAUGAAGUCAUCGAAGAAGGAGGAUCGAUUGGAUUCCGAUCGUCUGUGAAGACGGGCGUGAAAGUGAUAGAUAUGACUGGUCCAGAGCAACGUGUAUACAGUGGAUAUGAUUCAUUUUCAAUGAAAAGCAGGGCGGCUUUCAAUGAUAUCAGCGACCGCGAUGUAUUCGAUGUUCCUGAAUUGAUGCAUAAUCUCAAUCUUCUAGUUGACCUUACCGAAGAAAAUAUCCGAAGAAAUGACAGUCAGCUCAAAUCGAUAAAGGAUAGGACCACAGCUCUGGAAUACGAUCUUGAGCAAGCUAAGCUACUACAUGAAACUGAAGCGAAAGAAUAUGAACGAAUCAAGGAAGUCUUCGAAUUGAUAGAAAACUUCUCAAAGCGGAAAGGAGACGAUCUUCCCUCUAUGAACGAGUGUCAACAGCUUUUUGUCAAAUUGCGAUCCGAGUACAAGGAGGAAUAUCAAUUAUUCGACAUUGAAACCUUGGCCAUCCAACUUGUACUUCCACAGAUUGUGGAUCACUUUUCGAAAUGGAAACCACUGGAUCCAGAGCACCUAAUUUACGGCGUUGACCUAAUGAAGGAAUGGAGGGAUAUAUUGGUCGAUAAAGAGAGCGUUUCAAUCUUCAGUGGUUCGAUUUUACACUAUUUCCUGUUGUGUCGAUUUAAUGCUGAAACACAUGGCUACUCUGCGUUGCGUUCAGAUCGACUUACUGCAUACGACCGAUUGUUAUGGGAAGGAUGGCUUCCAUCGCUUCGACGAGCUUCUUUAACUUGGGAUCCGCGCGACCAUAUGGAACCAAUGCUGCGCGUAAUUGAGAUGUGGUUGCCAGUGCUUCCUGGUUGGAUGAAAGAGAACAUUUUAGAACAGGUGAUAAUUCCUCGAAUAGAAGACCGUGUGUCGUCAUGGGAUCCCUUGACGGAUAGUAUUCCUAUUCAUUCGUGGCUUGUUCCUUGGUUGGCUGUUCUUGGAGACCGACUGCAACCAGUUUUGGCACCGAUUAGACAGAAGCUAGCCAAGGCACUCCGCGCAAUGGCUAUUCUGAAACCCUGGUGUGGUGUUUGGACACCAGCAACAAUGUCAGCAUUCUUGGCGCAAAAUGUUGUACCUAAGCUAGAGAAAUGCCUCGACACGAUGAACUUGAAUCCUAGGGAAAAUAAAAAAUAUGAGGAAUGGUAUUCUUGUAUGUCAUGGAUUGGAAUGAUCUCAGCCGAUACGAUGGCCAGUAUCGUCACGAAGUACUUCUUUCCUAGAUGGUAUUCGGCGCUCUGCCAAUGGCUCGACUCACCGCGGGCUAUUCUAGACGAAGUGAAGAUGUGGUAUCGAGAGUGGGAUGGGCGAAUUCCACCCCAAAUACGUGAUUUUCCAACAAUUAAAGAGAACCUCCGCCGAGGCAUGGUUGCAGUGAUGGAAUCAUCACAAGGUCUAAGAGUAUACAAUGGGCCUCCGCCACCGCCGAUUGCUCAAGCAGCUCCUCCUCCUCCACCACCAUCUGCUUUACGGCCAAAUAUGGGAAUGCCAAUAUCGUCAGCUCACAUGUCUUUGAAGGAAAUGCUCGAGCGGAUUGCCGCUCAACACGAUCUCACUCACAUUCCUCAACGUGAUCGCCUCAAGGAAGGAAGGCAGGUGUACUGGUUUGGAACUCAGUCUAUUUAUUUGGAUCGGAACAUUGUGUACGUCUUAGAUACGCAUUCGUUUUCAUGGCGUCCUGUCGGCAUGGAGGAACUUCUUAAACUGGCGGGUGUUGGCUAG